CCAGCGUGUGGACGUGUUGUUACACUUUCGGAAAUUGAAAAGCGAAAUUCGGUUUUAAAUAAUUAAUCGAAAGAAAUUUCACAACAGCUCAGCUCCAAUUAUUUAACGUCGAAAGUGUGCCUUAAAUAUUGUGUGCCAAUUAAAUUAUAACUUCAACAAAUUAGACGAUUAUACUAAAAAAAAAAAAUAACAACAAUUCAGUACAAGAAAAAAACAAACAGUAAUUGUUCCACUAGAAUUAAGCGAUAAAAAAAUCCAAGGGAAACAUAUGUCAAAGCUUAUGAAGCGUAUAAGUGCAAUGGCAAAUAUUUAAAGAAUAUCAGAAUUUCAAUUAACAACAAAAAUCGGACAACAAAUAAGAAAUUAAAAUCGUAAUUUUAUGAUGAGAAUGAAAACAAAACUUGUGAAAUAAAAUAUAAUUUAGAUCAUAAGGUGAAAAUAUUUAAAUCUAUUUACGUUGUGACUUAGAUCCGCAAAUGGAUUUUGUUUUAAUCUUAACAAAGCAAAGAUGACUUAGUGACACAAAACGAUUUAAAAUUAUUUAAAAAUUUAAAAGUCUGAAUCAAUAAGAUUUUGUCUACACCAAAGCAAAAAUUGUUUAGUGCGUUUACAAAUCUAAAAAAUUCAAAUGAAUAUAAACUGAAAGGAAAAAUAAAUUCAAAAAGCUGUUGAAUAAGAAGUGAAGUUAAAAUAUAUUCUAUGUUUUUCAAACAAAAACGGACUAAAUUGGGAUUUUUAAUGUUACCGAAGAGAUAGUAAAUGUGUGAAAAUCUUAAAACAAUUCAGUUAGAAAAGUUUCCUGUAUAAAAAAACAAAUUAUAAAAAUAAAUUAUUUGUUCUCCAAAUAAUACUCAAAGCAAGCAGUAAAUACAACCCAGCAGCAAUGAGCAAAUACUUACUCUCCUUCAUAUUGGUCGCAUUCGUUGCGCUCGAACAAAGCUUUAUCUACGGCCGCCAUCACAGUGACACGCAAACGCCAAGCAGCACUGACAGCCUGCAACCUUAUAAACAAAAUCGCCACCUAUUCCAUAUACAAUCACCUCAACAGUUCCACAAACGCUCAAAUAGCGUGAAAAAUAAUCGACCGCGAAACGCCAAAGUGCGUCGAAUACGACAAUCAUCCUGGCAUAAUAGAAAUAGCGAUGAAGCGCGCGAGGGACAAGAGGAGGCCGCAGCGGCCCGACGUAGCUACUUACACAUACAACGCCAUAUGGCUCACCAGCAGGAGCAUCUGCGGCACCACCAAGAGGAAUACCAUCGCAUAGCAGAAAGUAUAGAAGGUCAAGAUGAGGCAUCGGCUGAGUUACAAUCGGCGGAGCAAGUGGAGCAGGAGUCCACGACAUCGUUAAACAUGCGUCUGCCACGUAUUUGGCAACAUUUGGGCGGCACCGAAGACAUUAUGUUUAGUGAUGCGCCGCGUGAUUACAGCGAUGAGGUGCAGCAUAUCGCUGAUGUGAAGCUACCACUCACACAAGCACUUGCUGAAUCGGAUGAAAUUGACGGCUUUGUGCCGCCUGCGCCAGAGGCUCACAGCAAUUCGCUCGAAACGGCAGAUAGUGAGCAAAACUUAGCGACAGCACACGAUGAACACCGCACAGCGAAGUCUGGUUGUCCGAAAUGCGAAAGCAGUCGGCGGGUAGAACAUAUUAGUGAAGAAGAGCUGACACAGCUACGUAUAGAGUACGUGAAGCAGCAGAUUUUGGAGAAAUUGCGUUUGAAAGAGCGACCUAAUGUUUCUGCGGUGGGCUUACCCAAACCCAUCUAUGAGGGUACAACUAUCGAUGAAGAGGAAGAUGAUGGUGCAAAAAACAAAGAUCUCGAUGACUACUAUGCGCGAACGAAAAAAAAAUUCAUUUUUCUUCAAAGAGAAAAACGGGAAUGCCAACGCUUGGGCACUAAUUCGUCCAUGUGUUUCUCCUUCAAAAUUGACGAUGCUGAUGCCGAUGGUUUUGAUGUCAACACCGCUGUACUUUGGCUCUUCAAAAGCAGAACUAAACGUUCACACAGAACUAACAGUACAAGAAUAGGUCCACAGACUAUUGUCGUAUCAGAGGUGCAGCAGAAUACAGAUCCGAAAUAUUUACCCAUCGUGAAAACGAUCGCUAUACAGUCCAUCGAUGUACAAGACGAAUGGAUGAAGAUCGAUAUCGAAUGGCCGAUAAAACGUUGGUUUGGCAAUCACGAUCUCAGCCAUCUUAUACACAUAUCGUGUCGCACUUGCGAUAUGGCUACAAUGGAGAAAAUGAUUUCCAUGAAUAAGGAUUAUCGUCCAUUCAUUAUGGUCGACACUCAGAAUCGUCGUCGCGCAUCGCGGCAGAAGCGCGGCAUCAAUUGUACCGAUGGUGUGACGGAAUGUUGCCGCGAGAAGCUAUACAUCUCAUUCGAUGAAAUCGGUUGGGGUGAUUGGAUCAUACAACCGCGCGGCUACGACGCCUACUUCUGUCGUGGCUCUUGCGGAAGUGUAGCCAGUGUUACACAAUCGGCGACGCAUCAUAGUGCUUUCUUGCAGAAAGUUGCCUUGUCGCGUCGUAACCGUGGCAGCAAGCCGCUCGAACUGAUACCUUGCUGCACCGCCAAACAGUAUUCUUCGCUGCAGCUCGUCUUUAUGGAUAGUAAUAAUACAGCGACGCAGAAAACCUUUCCGAAUAUGGUUGUCGAGUCGUGUGGCUGUCGGUAGUUCCACAUCACUCGAAAUUUAGUCGCUCGCACCACUAGUAGAGUGCAUCACUGUAUUAUCGCACUAGUUAUUUAGCCUGUAUGUCUCACUUGUCUCGCAUUAAUCGAAAACCCAUUCAAAAUGCAUGCCAGUAUAUGUAGAAUUUUAAGGUCCAUUAAUGCAGCUUCAAUAACUCUUUCGCUUUUCAUAAAAUCGCAAACAUUAUCUGUUGUUAAAUAAAUUAGCUUUUUUCAAAUGCCACCUAACUCAAAUCUCUGCCAUAAAAUAUUUUAUUUAUAUAUGUGUAUGUUAAGUAAUUAUUUUGCUGUUUUUUAUAAGAACUAUACUCAGUACUUAAGCUCUCGAAGAGAAGUUAGUUACUAUUAGUCAUGUAAGGCUUGCUUUAGUUUAUUCUUUUGCCAAAAAUAAUAUAAGUAGUCACUUUUGGAAUUGUAAAAAUUUAGUCCAAUUUAUAGCUGAUUAUUUAUUUAUAAGUUUUAUUAUAAGUGCUUGAGCACAAUUAGAAUACUUAACAAAAACAAACCAAUAUUGAACCAUAGGU